AUGCAGUUCUUUGCCACCAUCGCUCUCCUAGCUACCGCUGUGGCCGCCACCCCAUCCGAGAAGCUCUUCAACUUGAAGACCUCAGGUGCUAGCAACAGCUCCCACAACGACCUGUACCUCUCCGUUGGCCACGGUCUGAUCAGCGACCCUCUCAACAGCGAAGCCGUCUUUGCCGGAGCCCCGGCCAGCCGUGCCGCCGCCUUCUCCUUUGUCAACGGCACCAUCCUCUUGGAUACCGAGACCAACUCCCCCUGGGCCCUGGACCUGAUCAAUGUCAAAGGCGUCCGCAAGGAGCGCGCCCAGAUCAGCGUCAAGCCCACUCACGGCUCGAAGGGCUUCACUGUUGGCCGUCACGGCGUCGAGGGACCCAGUGAGACCUGGGACGGAUGGCUGUGGUGCCCUGCCGAUAUCGAGGCUGGCCAGUUCCUCCCCAACUUGCACUUCCUCAGCAAGGCUGUUCAAGAGCCUGCUCUCCCAGCUGGAUGUGACAAGAUCCAGCUCAACGCAGUUCCGGCUCCCAAGAGCUCUGCUUAG